AUGCGUGGUGGCUGGCUGCUCGUCUGCGUUCUCGCCCGGUGCCAGCCAGUUCCCGCCUCGUCCCCGCUCCGCGCGCUGUCUGUGUGUUCCUGCCACAUGUCCGCUCCGCAGGAAGAUUAUCUAGGCACCGUCCUCGUCAACGGGGAGAUCCCGGACGACCGGCUGGUGCGGCAGGUGCGCGCCUGGGCGGCCUCUUCGCGGGGCCUCAGCGGCGGGGACUUCGACCUCCUGCAGGUGGCCGAGGCGGUGGACGGCCGUGCCGCUCCACGCGCCAUCUGCGGGGUGCUGCGGGCGCAGCUGCUGCUCGCGGGCAGCGCGGAGCCUGUGAGGGCCAUCGUCGCGCUGUUCUACAGGGCGCGCGACUACCUCAACCAGGAGUUCUGGGAGGACCAGGUCAGGAGACUCUGCGACAUCGUGUCCGAGGAGUACCUGCGGGGUGGGCGCGGGGUGCAACUCAUGUCGAAGGAGAAAGUCGGGCUGCUGGGCGAGCUGGAGGCGCUGCACAGCGUAGGCCCCUCGUGGCGAGGCGCGGCCGCCGCCGCGGUGGAGCCCGAGCUGCUGGGCGCCGCGGGCGGCGCGGGAGCCGCGCCCGGCGGCCCCAGGUUGCACGUGCUGACCGGCCUGGAGGGCGGGCCGGCUGGUCGCGGAUCGCUCGCGCAGGGGCGUUACGUGCUCCGUGGCAAGGAGGGCGAGGCCACCUGCGGCGUCCGCGUCCUCGGCACGGCCACCGCGCGGCUGCUCUGCAGCUCCGCGUGGGCGGGCGAGGGGCGCGGCGCGGAGCUCGCGGCGCUUGUGGAGUCGCUGCGGCGCCGCAGCGGCAGGCCCGCGUGCACGGUGCUCGCCGACGCGCGCGACGCCCGGUGGCGGAGGCUGUGCUCGGAGGCGGCGCCCUCGCUGGGCCUGUGGCGCGCGCGCCGGCCCGCGAAGAUCGCCAUCACCGGCGUGCCCGUCGGGCUCACGGAGGAGGAGCAGGUGAGCCUCGCGAGGGAGCCCUUCGAGGUCCCCUGGGAGUUCCUGCCCUUCCACGCCGGGCGCGUUGUCCUGAUCUGAGUGCCGCGGGGUGCGCGCGGCGGGCCGCCGCGCGUGCCGCCUCCCCGCAGCCCAUGGGCCGCCGGAGUGCAGGCCCGUCGCGGGUGCCGAGGAGGAGGAGGAGGUGUGCGCGGCGCGAGAGGGCGCGGUGCCAGAGCGGAGCUGUUGCGCGG